AUGGUUGCUGCUCGUUCCGCUUUCGCCUCCCUGGCUCGUGUUCACGUCGCUAGCCGCUCGGGCCUUCGAUCUGUCUCCACCACCGCCGCUGCCAAGCAGCCCUCGCGUUUGCUCGAAAAGGCCACCUCGUCGUCAUCGUCGUUGUCGCCCAUCGCCAGCUCCUCGCGCCUCACGACGAACCCUGCCGCCCUUACCGCCUUUAUCCCUUCCAGCACCCGCAACGCUUCUACGGAUGGCAAGCCGCAGGAGAUCACCGUCCGAGAUGCGUUGAACUCGGCCAUGGAAGAGGAGAUGCUGCGCGAUGACAAGGUCUUUAUCCUCGGAGAGGAGGUGGCACGCUACAAUGGUGCCUACAAGAUCACCCGUGGCUUGCUCGACAAGUUUGGCGAGAAGCGUGUCAUUGACACGCCCAUCACCGAAUCUGGUUUCGCCGGUCUCGCUGUCGGUGCGGCUCUUUCCGGUCUUCGUCCGAUUUGCGAGUUCAUGACGUUCAACUUUGCCAUGCAGGCCAUCGACCAGAUCAUCAACUCGGGUGCCAAGACCUACUACAUGUCCGGUGGUAAUGUACCUUGUCCUGUCGUUUUCCGUGGUCCCAACGGUGCAGCUGCCGGUGUCGGUGCUCAGCACUCGCAGGACUACGCUGCCUGGUACGGUCAGAUCCCCGGUCUCAAGACCAUCUCGCCUUGGUCCGCCGAGGACUGCCGCGGUCUGCUCAAGUCGGCCAUUCGUGACCCGAAUGCGGUCGUUUUUCUUGAAAACGAGAUCCUCUACGGUCAGUCAUUCCCUAUCUCGCAAGAGGCGCUCUCGGACGACUUUACCAUCCCCAUCGGUAAGGCCAAGAUCGAACGUGCAGGUAAAGACAUCACCAUCGUCUCUCACUCGAUCGGCAUGAACUACGCCAUGGAGGCUGCCGAGAUCCUCAAGAAGGAGGAGGGUGUAGAGGCCGAGGUGAUCAACCUGCGCACCAUUGCUCCCAUGGAUGUCGACACCAUUAUCGACUCGGUCAAAAAGACCAACCGCAUCGUCACCGUCGAGAGCGGCUUCCCUCAGUUCUCGGUGGGUGCCGAAAUCGCGGCUACUGUCAACGACUUUGCCUUUGACCACCUCGAUGCACCCGUCGAGCGUGUCACCGGUGCAGCUGUGCCCACGCCUUACGCACAGAACCUCGAGAAGCUCUCGUUCCCUGACACGGCUAUCGUCGUUCGCGCUGCCAAGCGUGCUCUUUACAAAUGA